AGUGUUAGAGAGAGAAAAAGAGAGAGAGAGAUGGGAGGGAAAGGGAAGAAGAGGAGAGAGAAAAACUACUUAGCUGCUCACGGCGGACCGGCGAGACUCCCGCCGCCGCCUGAUCGUUCGAAACAAGAUGCCCUUCCUUCUAAGCUUCGUAUCCUCAUGAACUACACCUCACCUUCUCCCCACGAUACGACUAAACAAGUUGUAGAGAAGAAAGUAAAGAAUACGAAAGCAGAAGUCGAAGUCGAAGUCGAUGCUGCUGCUGCAACGGAGAGUGAUGGAGAUGAUACAGUGGUGACGAGAGGAGAUGAGAAGAAGAAGAAAAAGAGGAAGAGGAAUCAAAUGACGGACCUUCGCUUCGAAAAGGAACUUGCGGAGUUGGAUGGUGGUCACUCUACAAGGAAAGAACGCAAGAAGAAGUAUUGGGAGGCCAAGAAGCAAAAGAAGAAUCAAGUCAAGACUGAAGAUACCCUCCGAGAAAACUUCCCAAAACAUGAACAGAUUAGAUUUGGCGAUGUGGUGCAAGCUCCACCCAAGUUGGCUGUUGUUCCAAAGGCACGAAAGUCUACUCUAAGUGCUUCGCAGGAGAGGCAGCGAUUAGAGGCCAUUGAUGCUUACAGAUCUCGCAAGGGAUGGACUGAAAGACCAGGUUCUCAGAUUCCUGCCGUGCUCAUGCAGUAAGAUGGGCCAUGAACUCAUUUUUGCAGUGCAUCUUAUCUCCUCCAUUUUUUGUUUUUUUUUGUACUAGCCGGCUGUAAAAUUAUACAAUAUUGUCUCCUUUUCUACGGAUUCUAAUAUGAUAUUUGAGUCAUCGAAUUAUCUAUAAAAGGCUUAUUUAGCAAA